AUGCUCUGGCUCAUCGCGAGCGUUUUCCUAUUUGCGUUCACUGGCGGCUUCGUCAAUGCCAUCCCAAAAGUGAUGAGGACAGGCAAGUACUUGUAUACGGAGGACGGGACAAGAUUUUUCAUUCGAGGAAUCGCGUACCAGACGCAAGGCCUCGUCAUUCCUGGACCCGACAAUCCAUUGAAUCAGCCCUCGACCUACGUUGACAAUUUAGCUGACGGCGCUGCUUGUCAACGAGACUUGCCAUUCCUUCAACAAUUGGGCGUCAAUGCUAUCCGGGCCUACUCAGCCAAUGCCUCGCUCAACCAUGAUGCUUGUAUGGAAGCUUUCAGCAAAGCGGGAAUCUAUGUUAUCUUGGACCUAACACUCCCCCUCAACGGCUCAAUCGACACCAAUCUUCCUAUGUGGAGUACCAACACGCUGGACCAGUUUCUCCGUACAAUCGACGCGUUCAAAAAGUACGACAAUGUUCUCGCAUAUAAUGUCGGCAACGAGGUCAUGACGCCGUCUGGUGGCUCACAAUCUGCGCCAUUCAUAUUGUCAGCUGCGCGAGAUGUCAAAGCUUAUCUGAACUCUAUUCAAUCCUCAGCUCUGGUUGGGUACGCGUCAAUAGACGGCAUGCCCCCAUUCGUCGACAACAAUGCCGACUUUUUAGCAUGCAAUCAUCCAGACGGGCAUGGCGCCGCCAUCGACUUAUUCGGUUUGAACAACUAUGAAUGGUGUGGUGAUGACAGCAAAACUCGGUUCGAUAGUAUGAAUUCGCGGUACACGGACUAUCCAGUCGCCGCUUAUUUCUCUGAGUUUGGGAGCUUGAAUUGCAAUCCUCCUGCGCGCAUUUGGACGGAGGUGCCGGUGAUGUACAGUACUCCCAUGACGAACGUCUGGUCAGGCGGCGUUGCGUUUAGCUACUUCUCCGUCAUGAGCCGAGGUCACGAUUUUGGCAUGGCAAAGCUCUCCUCCGACAAUCGUAGCGUCUCCACCAACACUGACUUCAACAACCUUGCGAAGCAGUACAAUGCCAUUGCAUCCACACUCCCCAAAACACCUGCGCAGUCAUCUGUGUCGCAGACGAACCUCCCUACUUGCCCAACUGGCCUCAAUGCAACAUCUUCGGGUGCCCUUCCACCCACGCCUGACGAUGAUGCGUGCGGUUGCUUGGCUGACUCCCUGAUGUGUCGUUUCGCGCCGCCCAAAGCUGAUUAUACGGUGACAAUGGGGAAUUUGGUUGGUGUCGCAUGCGGACUGAUGGGGCAAAUGGGUGAUCCAACGCCGUGCAAAGAUAUUUCGGCAGAUGGAAUCAAGGGUGUUUAUGGCAAGGUUGCGAUGUGUGAUCCCACCAUUCGCCUUUCUUAUGUCAUGUCCCAAUAUUACGAAGCCGCGCAUGGCGUUCCAGAUGCAUGCAGCUUCGCGGGCAAUGCGACUAUCAACCCAAAUGGCAAGGCCGGCACACAAGCGCUUGCCAGCAAAUGUAUACCCAGCGCUGCGGUCUUUACCCCAAAGCCUCCGCCAGUUCUGGUGCCCGUCUCUCAACCGAGCCAGAGCGGGAGUGGGAAGGGCGGAGGAAGUGGCGGCGGCAACAAUAAUGGGAACGGCGGCGGUUCCAACACAAAUGGUGGUGUCAGUGGACUGAAACUUGGCCUCGGAGUGGGAACACUGGGAGCGGGGAUUGGCUCACUCUUGUUAUGGACACUAACAGUUUAG